AUGAGCGGUCCCUUGGACCCUACCCAGAUCACCACCUUUGAGCUGUCCAAGCCGGACGUCGUCGUCAAGCUCAAGGCCAUCGCCACGACCAAGAUGCCGGAUGACUGGGAGUGGGACUUGGAACCAUUCUCCCGGGCCAAUCCGCCACCAGACAACUUCACUCGCCAAGUUCACGAGGUUCCUGCCGCCUUUACCGCUAACCGCACCGAGUGGGACAAGGAGGAUCCGGAUUCCGUGCAAAACACUCCAUUGCACGAGAUGGACGCCAACCAUUCUACGCUCGAGGUUAACCGGAGCGCUCCGGGUAGAACUCCUUCCGCACCCAAGACAACUGCUGCACCGACACCACCAGAACCACCUCUAAAGAUACCCAGCCCUGCUAAAGGCAAGGGUCCUGCGGAUCAAGCCCCCUCGCCGGGACUUGGUGCCGGCGGGAUCCGUUUUGGCCCCGCGGGGCCCGAAACAAGUGAGGGGAACACGACCCCUGAUACUGAUGAUCACCGUGGUGGGGCCGAUUUCACUUCGCCCCCAGAACGAACUGAAGAUUCCGGCGCCCGGUACAUGGGCCCCGAUAACGUCCAAGCCGGGCCGUUGGAACCCAUCGCGGUUCCGUCGGCCCCAGAAAGCAGCUCUCCUACAGCACCACCGGCAUCUUCUACGCCGGCUUCAGCUUCACCUCCGCCGGCAUCGCCAUGGCCGGCAAGCUCUUCUGUAAUCCCAUUGUCCAAGCCGACGCCGUCACAUUCCAAGAUUACUUCACCUCCUCCGGCAAAAGCUAUUCCAGCUUCCGGCAAGCCUCCGGUACCAGCCAGUGCCAGCAAGAAAAAGAAGCUAUCAUCUCGGAAACCUCCUGCCGUCAGUUCUGAGGAUCUCUCCAGUGCCCUGCAGGCUACCAAGGAGGCCCCAACUUGCUCCAAGGCCAUCACUCUUCAUACCAGCAGAGCAGCGGCUUCCAUUGGUGAUACGCUGGCGCUGCAUGCCGGCCAAAUUAUGGAGCGAAGCUGA